AUGAUGAUGAUGUGGUUCAGUAUCACACUACUCUCCGCUUUGAUGGUAGUCGCUCAAACUAUUUUCUACCCUCCGAUCGGCGUAGUGGUGUGUUACUACGGAGAAGGGGCCAACGAGAGAACCGGGGUCGGCCGCUUCGGCGUGAGUGACCUGCCUACUAAUCUCUGCACGCAUAUUGUCUAUUCAUUCCUCUUGCCUAACGGAACCACGGGAGGCAUUAUUGCUCCUGAAGAAACUACUUACGAGGGAAAGAGCAAUUCUGUUGCUGACCUCAUUGCGUUAAAAAAGAAGAAUUGUAAUUUGAAAAUCAUGGCUGCUAUUGGUGGUUGGAAUGAAGGCUCAACUAACUUCACAGCGCUUGUCAACGACGAUACUUUGAGGGCAACUCUAGUCAGUAACUUGUACAACUAUAUUGAUUCCAACGGCUUCGAUGGUUUGGACUUGGACUGGGAGUACCCUGCACAAAGAGGUGGAGCAGACUCUGACAAGGUACCUAAAAACCACUUACUCAUAAUUAUCUUCUUUUUCCCGAUCCAGCAGUUUUUACUGAUGAAACAAUGGCAAGUUGGUUCUGCUUCCGCCAUUUCUUUUAGAACAAUUCGUGGGGUAAACGCGCCUCUCUACGCUCAGUUAACUGACGACGCCUCCUUAAAUUUUAAUGUUAACAACUCUGUCAACGUCUGGAUCAGCAACGGCGCGACUCCCUCCAAGCUGGUGUUGGGUCUGGGAGCGUAUGGCAAGACCUUUACCCUGACCAGUCUGAACAACACUUCCACCGGAGCGCCAGUCACCGGAGCUGGAGCAGCCGGGCCUUAUGUUGCAGAAGCUGGAACUUACAGUUACUAUGAGAUUUGCGAAGACCAAGUGAACAACGCCGCAGAAUGGAACAUUACCGAGGUUGAGGGCAACUACGUGUAUGCUAAUAAGGAUCUAUUCUGGGUCGGCUACGACAACCCCAACACUAUUAAGGCUAAGGCACAAUACGCCAAGACCAUGGGCCUGGGAGGCAUCAUGUACUGGGCCGUAGACUUGGAUGACUUCAGUGGCCUCUGCGGACACAAGUACCCUCUCAUCUCAGCGGGCAUUGCUGGGUAUAACUGUGCUUAAUUUUAGCAAUAGUUUUGCUG